AUGAAUCAGUUAAGAACAACGAUAAAAUUGAAGGUGAAACAUUGGAAGAAGCUUAUACACCGUAACUUUAGAUCCAAGACUUUGGUUCCAUUCAAAACUGACUACGAAGCUGCCAACACUAAAGUAGUCGAAGCUAUUAACCAUCGUAAUUGCUACUCAGCCCAAGAUGUUAUAAAAAACAUCGAAGCCAUUAUGAGUUACCACAAUGUAAUUAAUCCGGUGUAUCUCAUCCAUGGUACUGCUGAAGUUCAAUUAGAGUAUCUAAGAUCAAUUUUAGAUAAUAAUAUCCUUGCUUUGUUAAAGAUGGUUGUACCAGACUGGUUACAAACUGAUAUUGCAAUCAAACUCAACACUCAAACCGAUAUCACCGAAUGUCGUGAAACCAUCACCGAAAUCAUGCUACUCCAAAUCAUAACUCUCAAUAACAGGAAUUCCUUUGAUGCUCAAGCUGAUAAGAUUAGAGCUGCAAUAUUACCUGAAAUAAGAAAAGACUCUAAGGUAGACCUCAAAAAGAUAAGAAGCAGUUUCAUCGUUUACCGUCAGAGCAAAGGCUACUGUCUCAAUUGUGGUGAUGAGUCCAAGUCAAAGAUUUUAAAUAAAAAUUAUAAAAUUUCACAAUAUCAUCACCUUGAGGAUAAUGAUUACCCAGUGAACAAAGAUUCACUUUAUACUCUUAACUCUUUUUAUAAUCAAAACAUUGUUAAACAGUUACAUCAACAAAGCCAGCAACAUGAUGUUCAUAAAAACAUCAACAAACUUAAAGAAUACGUCAAAGACUCAUAUGGUAUAAAACUAGUUCCUGAUACAACCGUUCCAAUUCCAAAAGCUGUUGAAUCAGAGAUGAAGUAUAAACCACAGAAGAUUGAAUUUAAUACUCCAACAGAGUUAACAAAUGUUCAAGAUAAAAACUAUACUGUAAACAUAUUCAAUCGUCCAAAGAUAUUAAAUUCUAGUAAAGAAUUAAUUAACGAUGAAGAAGAUGAACUGCUUUACACAUAUAUA